AUGACCUCGUCUCUGGGCCAUUGCUUUGUUCCUUUCGUCACACUAUAUAUAUGCUCUCUUUCUCUCCCGACUUCAUCCUGGCAAUCGGCGUUGGGCAUCGUCUCUUUUUGAUCGCUUGCUCGUGUCGCUGUAACUCGGUUUUAGAGGGAACAAAGAGAACAUCUUAAUGGGAAAGAGAAAGUCAAAAGCGAAGCCACCUCCAAAGAAGAGAAUGGACAAGCUUGACACUGUUUUCUGUUGCCCUUUCUGCAACCAUGGCAGUAGUGUUGAAUGUCGCAUUGACAUGAAGAACUCGAUUGGUGAAGCUUCAUGCAGGAUAUGUCUUGAAAGUUUCAGCACUACUGUCACUGCACUCACUGAGCCUAUAGAUAUAUAUAGUGAAUGGAUAGAUGAGUGCGAAAGGGUAAACACCGUUGAAGACGACGAUGCUUAAAAGUCUUGACUGGUUCUUCUAUCACAAAUGGGGUAAAAUGUAUUAGCUAAUAUGCCUGUAUCGAAUGUGUUUGGACACUGUGGUUUUGUUAAUUUCCACUUCCAAGAGUAUUGGAUGCCUGUAUAUACUAGACAAAAAUUUAUCCAUAAUUAAGAUGAGAAACGCCAUGCAACUGAACAUCUUAAUCUGCAUAAUUGAUGGGCGUUGUACUUGGUCA